UCAUGUAGAUAACAGGAAAGGGUCAGAAUGUGUGGUCAGUCUCUCAGUGUGUGUAGCUGCUGAGACAUGUAUAGACUGACUCUUGUACACUGUCGACAUGAUCUGUUACGACUCCAUACAAAUGGAGCCAGGCUGUGCAGCUCUCAAGCUAAUAACAAAGAACUGGAGAAAUUGUUUCCUGUGGACGAGUUCGUCUCUCGCCACAUCGGACCUCGUGACCAUGAUCAGACCGUUAUGCUCGAUGUCCUAGGAUUUAAGUCAUUGAAAGAACUGAGUGAUAAGGCAGUUCCAGCCAGUAUCAGGAUAUCAGAGCCUCUGGACAUUGGGCCUCCAAUUUCUGAAUAUGAGCUGAUGAAGAAAAUCAGAGGAAUAGCAGAGAAGAACCAGAUCUGGCGCAGCUACAUUGGCAUGGGUUAUCACAACUGCUGUGUCCCUCAUGCCAUCAUGAGAAACAUCUUUGAGAACCCAGGAUGGACCACACAAUACACUCCCUACCAGCCAGAGGUAUCUCAAGGUCGCCUUGAGGGGUUACUCAACUACCAGACUCUGGUCACAGACCUUACAGGGCUUGAAGUGGCAAAUGCCUCUCUCCUGGACGAGGGUACAGCAGCUGCUGAGGGCCUCGGACUAUGCCAUAGACAUAACAAGAGAACUCGACUGUUGGUAUCCCCUGAUGUUCAUCCUCAGACACUCAGCGUGGUCCAGACCAGAGCAGACUCGCUGGGUCUCGCAGUGGACAUCGCCGAUGUCUCCACAGCUGACUUUUCCUCGCACGAGUAUGCAGGUGUGCUCUUCCAGUACCCUGACACCAGUGGGGAACUCCAUGAUUACUCUGAGGUUGUCCACAAGGCACAUGCUGAAGGUACGCUGACAGUUUGUGCGACGGAUCCUCUUGCACUGACUCUGGCUCGACCGCCCAGUGAAUUCUUCGUGGACAUAGCAGUGGGCACAACGCAGCGACUAGGUGUCCCUCUCGGCUAUGGUGGCCCUCAUGCUGGGUUCUUUGCUUGCAGACAGUCCCUAGUGCGCCUCAUGCCUGGCCGUAUGAUCGGCCUCACCAGAGACAUGAAUGGCAACAAUGCUUACCGACUGGCACUGCAGACCAGAGAGCAGCAUAUUCGUCGAGACAAGGCUACUAGCAAUAUCUGCACAGCACAAGCCUUACUUGCCAAUAUGUCCGCCAUGUACGCCGUCUACCAUGGACCUAAGGGGCUCCGGCGUAUCGCCAAUAAGAUUCAUAAUGCCACUUUGUUGCUCAGAGAAGGGUUAAGAAUGGCUGGACACACAAUUUUAAGUUCUUUAGUGUUUGACACACUGCGUGUUUCCACCUCAAUUCCCAAGGCAGACAUUCUUUCUCGCUGUGAAUUUAAAAGGAUAAACUUACGCCAUUUUCCAGAUAAUUCUAUUGGAAUUUCUCUUGAUGAGACAAUCACAAAAGAAGACAUAGAAGACAUCUUGUGGAUUUUUGGAUCUACUAAAAGCUUAAAUGAAAUUCUGAAUGAAGGAAAUUUGAAGGCUAACAGUAUCGGACAGUCGGAGUUGAAGCGCACAUCGCCCUAUCUGACGCACCCAGUGUUCAACAUGCACCACUCCGAGUCCCGGAUUGUCCGAUACAUGAAGAGUCUUGAGAACAAAGACAUCUCUCUUGUACACUCAAUGAUUCCAUUGGGGUCUUGUACAAUGAAACUGAACAGCACAACAGAGAUGAUGCCUUGUAGCCUCCAGCAUUUCAUGGACAUCCACCCGUUUGUGCCACGAGAACAGGCACAGGGGUACAGCCAGUUAUUCCGAGAACUUGAAAAUGACUUAUGCAAGAUAACAGGCUAUGACAGGAUCUCCUUUCAGCCCAACAGUGGGGCUCAGGGAGAAUAUGCAGGCCUGAGAGCCAUCCAGACCUACCACAGUUCCAGGGGAGAGUCUCAUCGCAAUGUGUGCCUCAUCCCUGUGUCAGCUCAUGGUACUAACCCUGCCUCAGCUCAGAUGGCUGGGAUGGAACUUGUGCCAAUCUCAGUUACCAAGAGUGGCGGCAUAGACUUCAGCCAUCUCAAAGAGGCGGUUGAAAAGCACAGCAAGAAUCUGUCUUGUCUUAUGAUCACUUACCCUUCCACAUUUGGAGUGUUUGAAGAGGAAGUCAGUGAUGUUUGUCGACUAAUACAUGACCACGGCGGACAGGUUUACUUGGAUGGAGCCAAUAUGAAUGCUCAGGUUGGUCUCUGUCGCCCUGGAGAUUACGGGUCUGACGUCUCUCACCUUAAUCUCCACAAGACCUUCUGUAUCCCUCAUGGAGGGGGUGGUCCAGGCAUGGGGCCUAUUGCUGUUAAAGCACACCUCGCACCGUUCCUUCCCAAUCAUCCAGUGAUAGACUUAUUCCAAAAUGAAGAGAGUCAAAGUUUCGGUGCUGUCAGUGCUGCACCUUUCGGUUCCUCUAACAUCCUUCCAAUUUCCUGGGCAUACAUUAAGAUGAUGGGAGGGGCAGGUUUGCGGAAGGCUACACAGAUAGCCAUCUUGAACGCAAACUACAUGAGCAAACUGCUGGAGGAACACUACAAGACACUGUACAAGAGUCCUCAGUCUGGACUGGUGGCUCAUGAGUUCAUCCUCGACAUUCGAGACUUCAAGAAGACUGCCAACAUUGAGGCUGUUGACAUUGCCAAGAGGCUCAUGGAUUUUGGUUUCCACGCACCUACCAUGUCUUGGCCUGUCGCUGGCACCCUCAUGAUUGAGCCCACCGAAUCUGAGGACAAGCAAGAACUUGACAGGUUCUGUCAGGCACUUAUUAGUAUUAGACAGGAGAUCCAGGAGAUAGAGGAAGGCAGGAUGGACCUGAGACUGAAUCCACUGAAGAUGGCUCCCCACACUCAGGCGCAGGUAACUGCUACUGAGUGGGACAGGCCGUACACCAGAGAACAGGCAGCCUUCCCUGCGCCUUUUGUCCGAGCAGACACCAAGAUCUGGCCAACAGUCGGACGUAUCGACGACAUGUACGGAGAUAAACAUCUCGUCUGUACCUGCCCACCCAUCCUCGAGUACUUCUAGUCCACUUCAUGUAUUGUUUUGUUCUUAAAUUAAAUAUAUUUUAUUUAUAA